AUGAGCAAAGAGGAUGUGGAAGAGAUUGAGAGGUUAAGGGAGGAAAGAAGGACCAAGAGAAGGAAUGAUCCCAUCAGCAGUGAGAGCGAAUUGGGAGAAUUCGAGAUUGGGGUGAAUGUUGCAAGAGAGGAGAGUGAUGACUCUCAAAGUGAAGAAGGUGAAGAGGUUAAUCAAGAGGUUGAUGGAAGUGGGCAGGAAAGUAAUGAAGAUGUGCCGAUGGCAGAAGCUGAGCCACAAGAAGAAGAGGAUGACCUCCCCAUGUUCCAAGCGCACUACGAUGCCCUUUUCUCUAUGGAUUUUGUGGAAACCAAAUAUCCACAUGAUGGCGCAAUGAAGGCACUUGGGAUCUUCAAGGAUGUGGAGUUAGUGCUUAAGAACAUGCACUUGGCCAAGUUCUUCUCUCAUAGGAUGGAGUCCUACAAGGAGUUGACUUGUGAGUUCCUAGCAUCGAUGAGGUACCACGAGUAUAAUGAGCUCGAUCGAGCUGACUUGGACCAAGGUUGGGGAUGGAUAACGUUUUUGGCAAAGGGGGAGAAGAAGAUGGUCACCUUUAGGCAGCUAGAGAUACUGUUUGGCUUCACAUAUGGGGAAGGAACUAAUUGGGAUAUCAAGGAAAAUGAGCUCCAAAGUGUUUGGGCUACAAUCGCUGAAGGAGAGUACUCUUCCUUAAGGUCCAAGGCUGCUCAGAUAAGGAGUCAUGUGCUGAGAUAUGUGCACAAAGCCCUUGCCAGCACCUUCUUCGCAAGGAAAGCAACCGGGACAAUCAAUGAAGGGGAUGUCAAACUACUUGACAUGGGGAUUAAGCCCAUCAUCUCACGUGCCAGUGAUGGAAGGAAGCUCAGAGGAGACAGAGUACACGCAGGAAACCUCAUGCCCCUCCUUGAUCAACUACUCUCUUACAAGACCACAGCCUAUAGUACUCGAUUUCAAGGAGGGAGAAGGCUGAGCAUUGGAGGGAUCAUUACAUCAAUCCUUUGCGCAGCUGGAGUCCAACUAAACAAGAAGAAUUCACCUCCAGCUGGUUGGAUGGACAUCAAGUUCUACAAGACCAACACCCUCAUCGAUCACAAGGAGUUGAAUGGGAAAUACCAAUUCCUAUUCAAACAUCCCACAGCUGGUGCUUCCAAGAUGCUCCUUCCCAACCCUGAGUUCACCUCAGUCAGAGAGGGUAGAAACAUUGACUUCAACUGCCCAUUACACACGCUGGUUGGGCAUGAAGAUGAGUUGCGAGAAGAGGAGCCUGAACUCGAUCGAGUUGAGGCUCGAGCUGAGGAUCAUGUCCAAGAGAAUGAGGAGUUGGGUGAGCCUAACUCCUACUAUUUUGAGGAGUAUGAAGCUCCAAGGAUGAACCCCUCUGUUGUGGCUGCUCACAAGAGGAUUGGACUCCUCCAAAGGUACAACAAGUGGCAAGGGAAGGCCAUGAAGAAAAUGCAAAAGUCCAUGGACAAAAUGGUGAGCAAAAUCAAGAGUCUGGAGAAGAAGGUGGCUGGUUCCUUAUCCAAGAAGAACAAGGCGCCAAUGACCUUUCCUUUCCCUAGGAGUCGAUCACUCCUCACCACACCAAGGAGACUACCGUCCCAAGAACCUCACAGAGCCUCAUCCUUUGAGCCAAGAGAAGAACGAGCUAGCCCACACAGAAGGAGGAAGAGUUCCAGAGCCCGACCCUCCAACUCGACUAGUGGACUCGAUCGAGUCCAAACAGAAGAAACUUAA